AUGUCUCUCUACGUCAGGGGCCGUCCAGUGGAUGCUGAUAUUGAUGCCAUUGUUGGACAACACGGGUUUGCCGUGGAGACGCAUACCACAACCACGGAGGAUGGCCAUAUCCUCACGCUUCAUCGCAUAGUUGGCGUGAACGGAGUGAGAGCUGGAGCCCCGGUGGUGUACUGCCAUCAUGGGCUCAUGACGAACUCUGAGCUCUGGGUGCUAGGGGACGCUACAGAGAGGUGUCUCCCGUUCAAGUUGGUUGCUGAGGGCUAUGACGUUUGGUUGGGCAAUAACAGAGGCAACAAGUACUCCAACACUCAUGCCAGAUGGGACCUGGAGGAUAAGGAGUACUGGGACUUCAGCAUCGACGAAUUCGCUCGAUACGAUAUACCAGCAAGCAUAGGCUACAUACUACAGUUGACUGGAGAAACGGUGUUGAAAUACGUUGGAUUCUCACAGGGCUCGUCGCAGUUGUUUGCCUCAUUGGCCAUGAACAGAGAGUUGAAUGGCAAGAUCCAGCAUUUCACGGCAAUAUCACCUGUGUUGGUGCCUCAAAGGCUCACACACCCUGUGGUUGCUCCCUUGAUGCUCAACCCACACUACAUCGAGUACAUAUUUGGUCCCAAGGCACUGCUCCCCUUUGUUCCAACAGUCAACAGUUGGCUCCCGUCUGGGUUGUUCAACAAGGUCAUUGACGUCUCAUUACAGGUGUUGUUCCAGUGGAACGGUAUCAACAUCCCACAGUCGCAGAAGCAGGUUGGCUACCCACACUUGUACUCUACUUCGAGCGUGAAGAGCGUGAUUCACUGGUUCCAGAUCAUACGAGACCAGCAAUUCCAGCUGUUUAACAAUACACAGAGCUACAAUACAUCAAAUAUCGACACCGAGGUGCUCUUGAUCUAUGGCGAUGCUGAUUGUCUCGUCAACAUUGAAAAGACGUGUGAGUCGUUGCAGUCUUGCAAGGUUGAGACUGUUCGGUGUCCCAGUUAUGAGCAUAUGGAUACACUCUGGGCUAAAGAUGUGGAGAAUAGGGUGUUCAACGUAAUAUUGGACAAGUAUAGAGAUAUAGAUGGCGGACGGGAAGCCAUAAAGUCGUCUGGGUCUCUUUUCCUCUGA